GCGGGCAGAGAGGGGCAGGCGGGCGGCCGCUGGAACACAGUCAGGCGCUUAGCGACCGGGAGAGCAGCGGCUCGAGGACACCGACUGGAUGGUAGAGAGGAGGUAGAGAGGAGGUAGAGCGGGCUUCAACAUUGACUUUUACAGCGGAAUGUUCACCCGAAGGGGCUAUGGAGACGUCAAGAAAUCUACACAGAAAGUUCUGGACCCAAAGAAGGAUGUUUUAACCCGCUUGAAGCAUCUCCGCUCACUGUUAGAUAAUUGCGAGAAGAGUGAGCUGAAGGCGUUAUUUGAAACCAACUGUUCACAGAUUUAUUUUAUCUUCUAUGAAAAUUUCAUUACACUGGAAAGUAACUUAAAACAAAAAGGGAACAAAUCUCAGCGUGAGGAGCUGGACUCCAUCCUCUUUAUUUUUGAAAAAAUUCUUCAACUUCUACCAGAGAAAAUCUACAGCCGAUGGCAGUUUCACAGUAUAGGUUCUAUUCUCAAAAAACUUUUGCACACUGGAAACUCUUUUAAGAUCCGUUGUGAGGGCAUGCGGCUGUUCCUGCUGUGGCUGCAGGCCCUCCAGACCAACUGUGCUGAGGAGCAGUUGCUCAUCUUUGCUUGCCUGGUGCCCGGCUUCCCCGCAGUGCUGUCCUCCAGAGGUCCCUGCACAUUAGACACCAUUAUCUACAACCCAUUCUCCAACCCCCCUGAUGCCAAGAUCGUGCCCGAGGAGAUCACCCCACUGGUGCCUGCUGUUCCAGGGGAGAAGGUAGCAGAUGACCAGACCUGCUACAUCCUCCAAACUGUGCUAAAGUUCAUGGUAAUCCAGGCAUCCAGUCUGGAAUGGCACAAGAAGGACAACCAGGACACAGGUUUCAGAUUCCUCUUCUCUCUCUUUAAGAAGUACUACCUGCCUCACCUCUUCCCUUCCUUCACCAAGGUCACCAACCUCUAUAAGCCAUUACUGGACCUCCCUCACCAUAGACCAAAGCCCCUCUACGUGCCGGUGUCCCGCAACAACGAGAGCACAUUCUGCACUCGAGAUCAGUACCUGGCCCCUCGCGUAGCCUUCAUCACCUGGUUGGUCAACUUCUUCCUGGAGAAGAAGUACGUGAGUGCAGCUACAACUAGCACUAAAAAUGGAGGAGAAGUUCUUCCCAAGAUCAUGCAGACUGUAACUGCAGGCAGUAGCAGUCAGGAGAAAAGCAGCGAGCAGGAGCCCAAUGGUCCGGUGGAGCAGGAGAAGAACCACUCAAACAGCAGCACAUUGUCUGACCGCAGGGGCAGCAACUCCAGCCUGUGCAGCAUAGAGGAGGAGCAUCGCAGCGUUUACGACAUGGUGCACUGCAUCCUUCUCUCCACCAGAGACAAUGUUAACUUUGUCAAUGAGGUCUUCCACCAGGCCUUCCUGUUGCCGUCCUGUGAGGCUUCAGCCACCCGUAAGGUGAUUAAAGUGUACAGGAAAUGGAUCCUGCAGGAGAGACCCACCUUUAUGACAGAGCCUGAAAAAACAGAGCACGAUGAGGAAGAAGUAGAGGAGGGGCAGCAACCCAUCGAGACUGACGAUACACACUCACAGGUCCUGGAAAGUCAUGGGCACAAGAGGUCGUCCAGCUGGGGGCGCACUUACUCCUUCAGUAGUGCCAUCAGUCGAGGCUGUCUGACUGAACAACAGAACCACGAUGUGAAGGCUGGCAUCCAGCCUACUCUACAGGUCUUCCUGACAAACUCUGCUAACGUGUUCCUUCUGGAGCCAUGUCAGGAUGUUCCCAAACUGCUGGAAAACCAAGUGGAGGUCUGCAGAGCCGUGCUCAGCAUCUACCGACACAUGAUCAUGGAGCAAAACAUGAACAGACAGACUUGGGAGCAGAUGCUGCAGGUUUUGCUCAGGAUUACUGAGGCGGUGAUGAAGAGGCCGCAGGAGGACCAAAGAAAAGAUGUUUUCGCCCAGAGCCUGGCCAGUGUUCUAUUCAGAACUAUAAUUGUGGCAUGGGUGCGGGCCAACCUCUGCGUUUUCAUCUCUCGGGAGCUGUGGGACGAGCUGCUGGCAGUGCUGUCCUCACUCAGCCACUGGGAGGAGCUGGUGAGUGAGUGGGCCAGCAUCAUGGACUCGCUGACCGUUGUGCUCGCUCGCUACGUCUACGGUCUGGACCUCAAUAACCUUCCCCUCGACAAGCUGUCUGAGCAGAAAGAGAAGAAGCAGCGUGGCAGAGGAGUAAUGCAGGAUUCUCAGAAGUCCUCGUCAUCAUCAGUAGCUCGUUCAUUCUCUCUGAGCUGGAGGAAUUCUGGAGAUCAGCCUGGAGCUGGAGCUCAGGAACCCAUGCGCUUCCGCAGCGCCACCACCACGGGAGCUCCUGCUGUGGAGAAAGCCCGCAACAACGUUCGACAGAAAGCCUCAGCUAAGCGAAGCCAGUCUAUCAGCAAUUGUGUGCAUCUGUAUGAAGCUUUGCCGGCCACUAAGAGUGUGCCAAUGCUGCUGCACACUGUCAGCUCUUUCUUGCCUGGUAUCUCUCACAACUCUCACUGCUCUCACAGACUCUCAGAUGUGGAAGAAUGUCAGCUGUCAGAAUGUGGAGGAGAGAUGGAGAUGGGAGAUGGCGACUGUCCUCUUCCUCGCAGCAGCAGCACCUCAGACAUCACCCAGCAGUUCACUGACUCCUUCCCAGGUCAGAGGAUGGCGGACUCUCCAAACGCAGGCAGCUCUGAUGGCACGCCGUGGUUGUCUGAAACCAGCUCAGUAGGGAAGCGGGGGGACGGCGAUGCUCCCACGAUCCUGGUUCGGCGGAGCAGCAGUCCAGGAGACAUUGACUGCCAAGGUGAUGCUGGAUCCAUCAGCUCAAGGUUCAGGCUCCAUGAGAAAAGUGAGAGUGUAAGUAGUGAGACCUCCAACUGCUACCUCAACGAUGCUGACGUGAAUCUGCUGUCGUGGCACGCUGUAGAGGAGGAGCCUGACUGUCCCUCACCUAACGACGUCAGCGUGAGUGUGAGCGUGGGGAUGGCAGCGGACACAGAGAGCCAGAGGAGCCUGUUACUCAGCCACACUGAGGCACUAGCAGGUUCUGAGUGUGUCCACUCGCUCCACUCUACCCCUCUGUCCCCAUGCCCCCCUGUUUCUCCUGCCCUGCUGCUGCCCCAGGGCUACGGCGACGGCCCUCAGCUGCUGGAGGACGCCAUACACAUGCAUCAUGAUCUGGACAGCAGCGAGUUUCUGGCUGAUAACAUCAGCAUCAUUGCAGGUGGUUGCUUGACUGGCUGGCAUGCAGACUCCGCCUUCGUGCUCUGGAGGAGGAUUUUGGGAAUUUUGGGGGAUGUUAACAGCAUACGCUGCCCUCGUAUCCAUGCCAAGGUCUUCAGCUACCUGUAUGAGCUCUGGCACAAACUGGCCAAGAUAAGAGAUAACCUAGGAAUUAAUGUAGACAUCCAGCCAGAUCUGUCCAGAACCCUCUUCAUUCCUCCUCUCCGAAUGCUGGCCUCCUGGCUCUUCAAGGCCACUAUGCUUCCUGCAGAAUUUAAGAGCGGAAAGCUGCAGGCCUAUAGACUGAUCUGUGACAUGAUGACUAAACAUCAGGAUGUUCUACCAAACAGUGAUUUCCUGGUGUAUCUCUACCACGUCAUGCACAAGGGGUUUACCAGUGAUGACCAGGAUGUGUUGAACACGAUGAUCAGGUGGUGCUCGCCGCGCUUCUUCUUCCUGGGUCUGCCCGGCUUCACCAUGCUGGUUGGAGACUUCAUCACUGCUGCUGCUCGGGUCCUCGGUGCUGACUCCUUCGAGGCUCCAAGGAUUGAGGCACAAACAUUGCUUGGGUCUCUGGUCUGCUUCCCCAGCCUGUAUCAGCAGAUCCCUUCACUACAGGCCAUCCCUGGAACUCAGGACAUUGUGGUGGGCAGAGAGGACAUCAAGGACUACCUUGUGAACAUUCUGCUGAAGACGGCACGUAACGAGCCAAGUGAAGGGGCCAGGUGUGUUGCUAUCUGCAGUCUGGGUCUUUGGGUGUGUGAAGAACUUGGACAGCAAAAGAUUCACCAUCAAGUGAAAGAUGCCAUCAAUGUGCUGGGUGUCACUUUAAAAUUUGGGAAUAAAGCAGUGGCCCAUGUAGCCUGUGACAUCUUCCAGCUGCUGAUCUGUCACUGGCAGCAUCUGCAGAAACUGGAACACUCUCUCCCUAAAAGAAUAAUUGAGAUUUUUGUAGCAACCAUCGCCUUUCUUCUACCCAGUGCUGAACACUCUACAAUGGAGGGAGAUAAAAAGUUAAUGGUGUCUCUGCUGCUGUGCCUGCUGGACUGGUGCAUGGCUGUCCCUCUGUCUAUCUUACUGGAGCCCAUCUCCAUGAUUGGCCUGGAUGACUCAAUCACUCAAAAAGCUCCCUUGUUGGACUACAUUUACAGGGUUCUGCACUGCUGUGUAUCAGGCUCCAACCUGCACACCCAGCAGAGUCACUACCUCCUCAGCCUGGCUGAUCUGUCCACAGACUACGACCCUUUUCUACCGUUAGGCCAAGUCAAGAGUUCUGAGCCGCAGCCGAUGCACAGCGCCGCCGGAGACUUUGGUAGUCUCCUCACUGUAGCUGAGGAGAAGAAGCGGCGGAACAUGGAGCUGAUUCCUCUGACCGCAAGGAUGAUAAUGAUGCAUCUUGUGAACCAUCUGGGUCACCACCCACUAAGCGGCGGCCCUGCGCUCCUGCACAGCCUGGUGAAUGAAAACCAUGAUAACCCCUAUGUGGAAUCAUCUGAGCUUUCCUCUGAAGUCUUCAAGAGUCCAAACCUGCAGCUAUUUGUCUUUAAUGACAGCACCCUUGUGUCUUACCUGCAAAUCCCCUCAGAGGGCUCCUCCGCACCCCCCCGGGAGCACGCCUCUGAGGUCCGUGUUAUUGUGCGGGAUAUUUCUGGGAAGUACUCAUGGGACGGUAGCAUCCUGUACAAGACUUUAGAAGGAACGAAUCUGCACUGUAGCAGUGGUGAAGAAGAGGCCUCCUUCCACCAGCAUCAGCACCAUCACCACACUGACCGCUCCUCCACUUCCUCCAGGCCGAGUUCAUCUCACACCAGCAGGUGCUCCUCUGCGGUGGAGCUGGAGGACAGUGUGGAUGCGCUGGACCAGCUGCUGGAGGAUCUGGGCAUCAGCAGUCCCGAGUGCCUUCCUCAGCCUCAGCAGACACUCAAUCAGCCAGCUCCACCACCCAUGGGUAUGAACCACGACAUAGAGACCGCCAUCAUGGAAGCCAUUCACAGACAGACAAAGCAGGAGGAGGAGGAAGUGGCCUGGAGACGGAGUGAGGACCCCAGCGUCAGAGCAGCCAAUCAGAGACCUCCCAGUCAACAGGAUCCCAAAGCACCAUUCUACUUCUGCCGGCUCCUGCUUAACGAUUUAGGCAUGAACUCGUGGGACCGCAGAAAAAGCUUUCAUCUCCUGAAGAAGAACUCCAAGCUUCUGAGAGAACUCAAGAACUUGGAUUCAAGGCAGUGUCGGGAGACGCACAAGAUUGCUGUGUUCUACAUUGGCGAGGGGCAGGAGGAUAAAUACUCUAUAUUGUCAAAUACGGAGGGCAGCCAAGUGUAUGAAGUCUUUGUCUCUGGACUUGGUUGGGAGGUGGACUUGGCUACUCACUGCGGGUUCAUGGGUGGUCUGCAGAGGAAUGGCAGCACGGGCACCACAGCACCAUACUACGCUACCUCAACCGUGGAGGUCAUCUUUCAUGUGUCCACUCGUAUGCCCUCCGACUCCGAUGACUCUAUAACUAAAAAGCUUCGUCACCUGGGAAAUGAUGAAGUGCAGAUUGUGUGGUCGGAGCACACACGGGACUACCGGCGGGGCAUUAUUCCUACUGACUUUGGAGAUGUGCUCAUCAUCAUCUACCCCAUGAAGAACCACAUGUUUUUCAUUCAGAUCAUGAAGAAACCACAGGUUCCAUUCUUUGGACCUCUGUUUGAUGGAGCGAUAGUCACAGGGACGCUGUUGCCUAGUCUCGUGCGGGCCACGUGCAUUAAUGCCAGCAGAGCAGUGAAGUCACGACUGACUCUCUACCAGAGCUUCUAUGAGGAGCGGGCUCUCUAUCUGGAGGCCAUCAUUUUAAACCACAAGGAAAACAUGAUGUUCGAAGAUUUUGCUGCCCAGGUCUUUUCACCCUCUCCCACCUACUAUCCAAUGAGUGGUACAGCAGGCAGGCGUUGGCCAGGCAUGGUUUGGGACAUGGAGUACUCUUGGGCUAAACUGGAGUGCUCCCUCAGUGGCAGCACAAGCGCUGAGCUCAGUGUUACUGUGACAACCAGCGAGUCCUCGGAGCAGGUUUCGCCCACUCUGCCCCGCGCCACCAAGAGCCGCGUUUCUGGAAAACUCCGCCGCUCAGCCAGCGCCAUCAGCAAGUCCUCCAACUGAGCUCCACCUUCUGCCAAUAACCACUUCACCGAGCCCCUUCAGACUGCAGUGUGCUUCAGCUGUGCUGCGUGGGUGUGUGUGUAUAUGAAUGAAUGAAUGUGUGUAUGUCUGUUGUUGUCAUUUUCUUUUUGUCUCUUAAAACUGGAAUUAAUAAUAUUAUUUUGAUGUGUACAUCCAAUGAUUUCUGAUUGAUUUCUGCUGCCAUUUUUUGGGGGAGAUUUUGGGAGAUGAUUCUGCUGUCACACUAAUGUGGUGCUUCACCAAGGCUAAGGAAUUUAAAUGAUUGCACUCGGAGUUAAUCAACUCUGUUUUUUCCAGUAGAAUCUGUCUGUGUUUUACUGGUGCAAAAUGUAAAAAAACAAAAACUCAAAACUGACAUCUAUGAAUGUUUAUCAUGACACAAAGAAUUUGUAACAGCAGUUGGUAACAUCAUUGGCCUGAAGCACUUGGAACUGCUGGACUUUCUGUUUAAAAUGAAAUGAAAUUUUCCCACUUCUGGGUGUAUAGAUGAUAGAUGUUUAACCCCAGUGGCAGGCAUCCUCCUCACCUUUCCCUUUCUUUAAGGACUGUUUGUUCACCAACCUGAUGCAGCUAUCCAAAAUGUCUUCUUGAUGUAGGCAACCACCUUUUCACAAUACGUCUGCAAAUUUCUGAUGUGUUCUUUGACAAAAUAUGAUGUGAAUGCCCUUUAAACUGAAGCUCCUCAUGUCUUGUUGACUGUUGUCAACUAUAAUUGUCUGUUUUGGUCCUGCACUGACCCCUUCUCUCCAAACCGGUCCUGUCCAUGUGAUGGUCCUCAUGUGAUGCGCUCUUUUUCAGAGGUUGUUCCUCAGAGCUGCAUUUGAGCUUUUUUUUUUUAAUAGAGGAAACACACUUACUUGCAGCUGUCCUGAGCAAAAAAGAGAAGAGUAGCAGCACCAAGAGGAUCCAUGUCCUCAUGUUCAUAUUCGAGUCACCGUCGCAGUAGCGAGCGUUGUAGCAUGGCUCACGUUUCUAUGCCCAGAAAGUUCAAGUUUAAAGAGAUGUGCCUGUGAAACGUAUGGCCUGUUGGAAAGAGCCUACUUUAAUGGACAUGCAUGUGUGAGUGGACAAUCUGUGGUGUCUCUCUAACUGUGAUGGGAUGAAUUUAGUUGAAUUGAAUUGGAAUGGAUUGAAUUAAAUGGCCUGUUUGGGUGUUUAUUUUUUUCCUGUGUUUUCAUUUACUUUUAAAUGACUGGAAUAAUUAUUUUACGCGUUUGAUUUAUGCAACUAUGCUGGAUUGAUACGGCUCCACGUGUAAUCGUGUUGUGUUGUUGUGUUUUUGUCUGUGUGUCGGAACAUUCUCUGUUCAUAAUCUGUAAAUUAUAAGAAUAAGUCUUGUUUUUUUUUUUGUCUUGUAAUGCUACUAUGACAUUCCAAUGUUUUCUAUAGUGUUGUAGUUGCACUCACUGAUGAUGAUGAUGAUGAUGAUGAUGAUUUAGAGCUGUUCAUUGCAUUUCUUCUUUAAUGCUUGGAUGUAUAUUGCUUUAAAAUUUUAUUUGUUAAGGUUUGUUUCUUGUUGUACAUACAGAAUAAUAUCUGCCAUUGAUCGUAAUAAUGUGUAUGCCUGAUUACGUACUAAAUGAAAUUGCCACCGGAGCCUCAGGUGAACCUUAACUCCAUGCACUGGUGUGUGUGCGUUUGUGUGUGUGUGUGUGCGUGUGUGCGCUUGUAUGUAUGUAUGUGUGAGGGGGCUUCUAGCAGCUAACACAGUGCCUGUGCAAUACCUGUCCAUUUCCCCCUCGUUCUGCUUGCUGUGGUUAGCCACUUUUUUAUUAUUAUAAUAUUAUAAUAACUUUCCCCUGUUUGCCCGCUGUUCUUCUAUUUUAUAUCCUGGGUGUGUUGGAGAAGAGCGAAUGCUUGGCUGUGUUGCUGAAGGGCAGAGGUCUUUGGGGAUGCUCCCAUACAUUUCAGCAGUGUGUGAGAGCGCUUGUCUCUGAUUGGAUCUCUGGAUGGCGGUGCUCCUCCACCUGCUCCUCUUCAUUCUCCAUCCACUCUGAGUGCCCUCUACCAUACCAGCAGGGAAAUGGGGCACAUGCCAGAGCUUCUUGUUUUCUCUCACACACACCCACACAUCUCCCCUUUUUUUUUGCCCUUUUCUAUCAUGUGUUUCUCCCUUUUCCUUCUUUCCUUUCUGUAUUUAUUUUCGUUUUUGUUUUCUUCCCUUCUCUUUUCUAUCUAUCUAUCUAGCUAGCUAGCUAGCUAGCUAUCGUGCACUCCCCUCCUACAGACUGGCAGCCUGGCGCUGCCAAUCCCGCCCCCUCCCCUCCAUCGUUCCCUUAGUGACCCAGCCUAGUUGCCAUGGAGGCCAGGUGUUACCCGCUCUGCGAGCUCCGCCCAAGCUGCAACAACACAUGUUGCGCUACUCUGCCUUACCUGUACCUGUUUCUUUCUCUGAUCUCUCGACUGACGUUCCUUUUCGUUUUUUUUUUUUUUUUUUAAAUCCUCUCCUCCGAGCACUGAUAAGGAACAUAGGAGUUGUGAUCUUUAAGUAAGCUUUGAAUGAAGAAUCGUGAGGAAUGUAUGCAAACAGCAGCCCAAACCCAAGCCACGGCCGCACCUGCCCAUUUGUAGCUUCCCUGAACUGUGAGGGCUGAGUCAUGUUUCCAGCCUCUCCUUUUUUCUCUCUAUCUCUGACUCUUGUUCAUGUCCAGUAGGUUUGGUUCUCUCUUGGUUCUCUGUAGGUUUCAUAGAUGUUUGGGUUUUUUUUUUUUAAGGUGCUGAUGUGGUCCUGGCCAGGGAUGUGUCUUACUGCAACUGGUCUAACUCAAGUCAAGUGAAGUGACAGCUGUGUUUAUUCCACAUUUAGUUGUUCUCCCUGUACAUAGUGUCCUUUUUUGCGAGGGCUCCAAAAUCCUGAAGGAUAUAAAUAUAUUAAUGCCUGUAAUGUAACAUCUUUGUAAAAUAUGUCGAGAGGAAAAAAAAAGCUUGAAGAUUUCAUCAUGACUUGUUAACAUAUCAGACUGUUUUUAAUGGAAAAGUAAUCAUUCUAUCUUUACUAGAAAUGUGAAAAUCGAAACAUUUCAUUAAAUCAAUUUGAGAUUCA